AAAGUUGACAUAAAAUCAUUGAGGGGUAACUUUAAAUUGAAACUUUGUGGUUCCAAUAUUUGAACAUUAAGCCAAAACAUUUGACAAUUACAUUGAAAGGGUAAGAAAGCAAAGUCCAAUAGAGGUCACCUUCUCCAAUCAAGAAGGCCCCAUAAUUCUUUUUCCCAUGUUUACAUGGAACCUAAGGGCUCAAAUCAUCAUCCACAAGAGGUGCCCACCUUCUUGAUUCCUCCCCAAAAGGCGAACAUGGCAGAGAACAACAAGCCUGCAGAGAUCAAAAACUUCCAAAUCAUGAUUGCGAGCAAAGAUGAUAACAAGAAGCAACUAGCACCCAAGAGAAGCUCAAACAAAGACAGGCACAAGAAAGUUGAUGGAAGAGGUAGACGAAUAAGGAUGCCAGCUCUAUGCGCGGCCAGGAUUUUUCAAUUGACCAGAGAAUUGGGUCAUAAAUCCGAUGGAGAGACGAUUCAGUGGCUGUUGCAGCAAGCUGAACCAUCGAUCAUAGCCGCAACUGGAACUGGGACUAUUCCUGCUUCAGCUCUGGCAGCUGCAGGAACCUCUGUUUCUGAGCAGGGGAACUCUGUUCCAGCAGGUUUGCAUACAAAAAUCGAAGGACUGGGGUCAGGUAUUGGGUCCAGAGAUAGGAACAACUGGUCAAUGAUGAGUGGAAAUAUAGAAAGAUCUCACAUUCCAAGUGGGGCAUGGCCUUCUAUUAAUGGAAUUGCAUCAGGGUUUGCUCAAGGUUCAGGGCAACUCACAUCAGCAUCAAAUUUUGGAAGUGAAAACUCCAAUAACAUCCCAAAAUAUGGGUUCCAUGGGCUUGAAUUUCCACAUAUGAAUAUGGGUUUUGUGAGUUUUUCCUCGUUGCUUAACGGUAGCAAUCAGCAGGUUCCAGGUUUGGAGCUUGGGCUUUCACAGGAUCCGCAUUUUGGAGUGUUGAAUUCUCAAGCUUUUAGCCAGUUUUACCAGCAGAUGGGGCAGCAGCGAGGUGGUGUAGGCUCCUUGAAUCAGCAGCAGCAGCUUUCUGAUAAGGAUGAUUCCCAAGGAUCUAAACAGUAGCUACAAGCAUUAAAGAAGAAGAGCUCAAUUUUGGUCAGUACCGAGUCACUUAAGUUUAGAAGCUGGUAGUCGAACCCCAUUAUGUUGUCUUCAUAGACGAGAAAUUAGAGAUGAGUUCUGAAGAGCACAAUGGCUUGGAAAUUGGAUUUGGUUUGCUUCUUGUUAAACUUUGAGGUGUGUUAUUAUAGUCUACAACAAUUUUGUUGGGAAAAUAUCGCUUGUUUGCUUUACAUGUCCAAAGUAGCGUUCUGUUUUUAAUACUGUAGGAUUUCCAUUUUGAAUGUUGAAGUAGAGAUUUAGAAUGUUACAGAAAUUACAGCAUAUUUCUUAUGUGCGAUAGUCAUUCGGUAUCCUGAUGCGUCCAACAGAGCUAAUUUCAGAUAACUUUAGUACUCUCUCUGUAACAUUGGAUCUUUAUUAGCUUUGCCUACAUACACGAGAUUUCUUCCUUCAAAGAGAUGAUGAAGAAAAUCUUGUUGCAGAGCUAAGUGUUUAUAUUUGAUGCAUUAUCAAUAUAUAAGAUUAUAUAGUCAAAUUGUAUUAAACAUAAA